AUGCUGCAGUGUGCUUCAAUUGAUUAUUUCUUUUUUUUUAAAUUGCUUUUCUUGUCAUUUUCGUCUUCACCUUCGUGUGUAGCUCUACCACAUUGUGUAUGUGGAUUAGCCUUACUUGAUUCUCCACUGGCUAUUUUAUCGCAUUCUGGAACACACUUGAUACAUGCAUACAAGUACAAUUCAUCGUCUAUUGUUCUGCCAGAUCCUAUACAACUACGUCGAUUGAAGCGUCAACAUCUGAAUUCAUCAUCGUCAUCUUCAAAUAAUCAACAGUAUUCAUCAGAGGAAUUUCUAUUCCCGAAACCUGAUGAUCACAUUCCCUGUUGUAUAGAAGUUUAUCGACAUCUACGAUUUGGUGUUUCUCCACAAUUUGAUGCCCACCUUUUAGAAGCAACUAAAGGAAGCUUAACCUUUACAUGUCCUAUUUGUCCCACAGUGCUGUGUACUCGUUGGGCCUUAACACAGCAUGCAUUUUCAGAGCAUUGGGGCACUUUAUGCUAUAUUUGUUGUAUUUACACAUUCAGUCCUGAUGAGAAUUCGCCUUCGUUAGACAUCAGUACUGAUGGGAAUGUACAGAUUCCAGAUGCCUGUCCAUCAGUGUCAUCUUUACCUGCUAUCGCUUCUUCUUCUUCUGAGAUCGUCGUGGCACAGCCAAUGUAUGUUAAUGUUAAUGUAUGGGAUCACAUCUUCCAAUGCAUGAAUCAACGCCGUGAUCUACUCAAUAAUUGUCAUCAUCGUCAUCAUCAACACGGCCGAUUUCCACCUGCUGCUACUACCACUUCUACUACUACUACUACAAGUACUACUGCCGCUGUUAUUGCUCCCCCUCCUGUUCCUUCACGUAGUAGUAGUAGUCCUGUUAACUAUGUACAUAAAAUAUUUGAUGAUAAAUCUUUGAAGAGAAAUGUAUCAACAAUUUCAGAAACUAGUGGAAGUCCAUCUCAUAAACGAUUAUCUCCAUCACUAAACAAAGGUGAUUGCAGCAACGACAACAACAAUGUACAAGGUAGUUGUCAUCUCAGUAUUGAAGGUGUUGGUGGUGUUAGUGUUGGAGGUGAUGAUAAUGACCAAUAUGGUUCAACUAAUAAUUCUGCUACUACUAAUCCUUGUGUUGACUGGGUGGUACAAGAGCAGCAGGUCAGUGGAGAGAUAUCACGUGGUUGUGAUGAUACAAAUGUUACUGAAAUGUAAGUUUUGGUGUUAACAGUAGUAAUUUCAUGUGUUGUUUUGCAAGGAUUUGAUUUGAUUUGAUUGUUUACAGGAUUUCGUCAUGAGCUGGCAUCAGUUAGAGAAGCAUUGGAAAACCAGCUUGGGGAGUACUGCUCCAGACGGUUGUUCGGUCCUAGUCUGUGACACUUCAGCAGUAGGCACCCACCCCACUGAAGUUCGAACCCAGUACCUUCCAUUUAUAAGGCUAGCUAGCUCGUAGACCAUUAAGCCACUGGGACCCGACCCGAUCCAACGGCCAGUUCAUGAAUUCUAACCUCUUCCAAUUCACGAAAUAGCGCGACCACUAACCGGUAUUUUGUUUUCCUUAUCCUGUAUAAAAGGAAGAAAUUAUUUCGAAGUUGCAUACAAUAUCAUUUGUGGAACCAUUUACCACUCUGGUAUGCUUUUCUAAAUGGGCCCAGUAUCCUUCAAUAGAACUUGUAUGAGUUCUACUUAUUCAGAAUAAUUAUUGCUUUAAUGGUGAAUUUAGCCUAGUGAGGUAUGUGAUAGUUGCGAAUAUGGUCUCUCCACUUGUCUGUGUGAAUAUUAGUGCCUGGGAGGACUAUUCGUUGUAUAAUUGAUAUUAAGACAUCAGUACUUCUGUUUGGGAUGCAUUCUACCAAUCCUUUUCGAUGAUUUGUAUUGUACGAUCAGUUCUAGCACCCAACACGUGGUUUUCUCUUCUCCUACCGUGGCGACUCAUUUUGCGUGUAUUAAAGAUUGUUUGGUUAAUAUGAACGACGACGACAGCUAUUGCUCCAAGUACAGAAGUAAUCCCAUUGAUCUUUUGUGUGGCGAUAUUCCGACUGUGUUGCUGAUACCACUGCUCUCUGUUUCCACAGAUGCUGGUCAUGUCAGUAGACAAUUUUGUCAUACACUUGAUAUUUUACUAAGGCUAAGGCAGGGUUUCGAUUUGGAGAAGAAAGUAUCUAAAAACAUCAGCAUAAUGUACAACUUACCGAAUCCUACAGACUUCCUCAUAUAACAUUGAAUGUAUAACCGCCAUCAAUAAUAGCCAGGGAGUACUUCUGAAGAGUCAUUAUCCCUCAUUUUCCACAAAAAACUCAAAAACCAAAUCUUGGUGAAACUUGCAAUGAAGAUUAACUAUGUACCGCAUCCAUUUGUAAUGUUGAGCGAUCCGAUUGGUCGAUUCAAGAUUAUUUGACUUUGGUGUCGUCUAUUCUUUACUGUUCCUCUGCUAAGGUACGGCUAGUAACACUCUGUUAUAACAGUAUCAGAAGAUUUUCUCUUAUCGGUAAAAUGUAAACUUCACCUUUGAAAUAAUAAGGAGACUUUUUCAGUUAGAAAACAGCUAAUCAUCUGUGCAUGAAAUGAUGUAAAUCAAUAUAAUAAAUUAUAAUUACUUUAGUUUCAAAGUACUACUACUCGCAGUCUGACUAGUUGAUAACAUGUGGUUCAGUAUCUUCAACAUUCAAGCUCCACUCUAGCCUUACACUGUUCUGGAGAAAUCCAGGAUGUGAAUAUGAGUCUUGUCCUACUUUCGGCUCGUCAGCUGUGCACACAUAUGUAUGCACCUCAAUAAGUGGUGGUGGUGGUGGUAUUCACCAAGAUUACAGGGCCAAGAGGACCACUUUUAUGGCAAAGUCAGUUCGUUUAAUUUGACUGAAAGAGAAGGCGAUACUUGAGAAUAUCUGCUAUACUGAAAUAGACACAAAAGCCAGUCUGAGAAAAGCGACGACUAGUAUGAAUACUUUAUUAGACAAAGUACACGCCAUAUUGUAUUUACAAACCCUCAGCCAUGAAUAAUAAAGUAGACGAAUAUGAUUACUUGUAUGACAUCGAAAUCCCUGACAAAAUUAAAC